AUGCCCUCGCCCCUGGCGCUGUGCCGCCGCCUGCCUCGGGAGCCGUCCCCGUCCGUGGACUCCCGGCCCUGCAGCAGCCCCUGCGAGCUCCCGGGCAGCGCGGGGACGCGGGGCCCGCGGCUGCCGCGCCGGCCGGCCUGGUGCUCCAUCGACUGGGAGCAGGUGCGCCUGCUGCACCGGCUGGGCGCCGGCGGCUUCGGCUCGGUGUACAAGGCGACCUACCGCGGCGUCCCCGUGGCCGUCAAGCAGGUGUGCAAGCGCGCCGCCAACCCGCGAGCGUCCCGGCGCAGCUUCUGGGCCGAGCUCAACGUGGCCCGGCUGCGCCACAGCAACCUCGUGCGCGUCGUGGCCGCCAGCGCGCGCGCGCCCGCGGGCUCGGACAGCGUGGGCACCAUCAUCAUGGAGUUCGGGGGCCACGUCACCCUGCACCAGGCCAUCUACGGCGCGGCCGGCGGCCCCGGGGAGGCGCCCUGGGGUCUGCGCAGGUGCCUGCAGUACUCGCUCGACGUGGCCAACGGCCUGCUCUUCCUGCACGCCAGGCGCAUCGUGCACUUGGACCUGAAGCCCGCCAACAUCUUCAUCAGCGAGCAGGACGUCUGCAAAAUCGGCGACUUCGGCUGCUCGGCGAAGCUGGAGGACCUGCGGGGCGCGCGGGGCGCCGCCUACCGGCUGGGCGGCACGUACACGCACCAGGCCCCGGAGCUGCUCAGGGGCGAGCCGGUCACCGCCAAGGCCGACGUGUACGCGUUCGCCAUCACGCUCUGGCAGAUGAGCACCCGCGGCCGGCCCUACGCCGGGGAGCGGCAGCACGUGCUCUACGCGGUGGUGGCGCAGGGGCUGCGGCCCUCGCUGGCGGCCGCCGUCUUCACCGGCUCGGGCCUCGGGCGCGGGCUGGCGGGCGUCAUCGAGCGCGGCUGGCGGGCGCAGGCGCCGCAGAGACCCAGCGCGCAGCUGCUGCUGCAGGAGCUGGGCGCGCUGCGCGGGCUCCUCGGCGCGGACGCCGGGCCGGACCCUGAGAGGCGCGUGUCCUAG